AUGAGCGGCUCGAUGGCAAAGGUGUGCUUCGUGUGUGGAGGAGUUCCCGCGAGACUCGUUCUCUUCACGAAACAGGUUGUCGAUGCCAACGGAAUCUGUCUGCCGUAUUUUCCGUUCCUCGAAAAGCAUACCGCACCCCAAGGUGCCGAACGAGCUUCAGCGGAUGGUCGUGUUCUCGCUUGCAACGUCUGUCACGCGCUCCUGCAGCAGCAGUGGGAAACGCACGAAAUUCAACGAACACCCCAUUCUAAACGAACUUACUGGUUGAAGCGUGUAGAUAAUGGACCCUUCAGCGGACUUGAUCUCCGACAAGAAGACUAUCAAUCUCAUAAUAACCCCCAACUACAACACAAUCCGAAUCAGCAGCAGCACCAACAAAACAGCCAACAGCAGCUGCAGCCGCAGUAUUUCGGCGCUCAGCAAAUGCCCUUGAAUUACCGUACGUCGACGACGUCCUCGACGACCCCCGCAUCAGUGAAAGAACCGAUCUCGAGGACACCAGUGAGUUCAUCGAAUCAAAAUGACUCCAAUGGACAGAAUAUCCUCGACCUCUCGAAACCUGUGGGUCGUGUGAACUCCGAGAAGACUGAUAUCAUGAGCAACAACAAUAACACGAUCGCGUACGACUUUUCGAAACAGAGCGGCCAGACGACCGCGGACAAAAAGGAAUGCGACCGUACGCUGGAGAUCUCUUCUCAGAGGGACGGUGCUUCGGAGACGUCGGACGUCUGUUACGUAUGCGGAGGUCGGGUGAAACGAGGAACUUUGUUAAAUAUCUUCGCGAAACGCAUCGCGAACUGCCCGUUCUUCCCGAGUCUGCUGAACCACGAGAGACCGCCCCGAAGUUUUCCUGUCGACCACGCGAUGGGACGCAUCAAGGCGUGCCAGUCGUGUCACGCGUUUUUAUUGCACCAAUGGGACGCCUACCAAAAAUUGAACGUGCCGCCGAACGAACGCCACUACCAAAUGCCCCCGCCCCGGGCCUCGGGCUGUCCCGCUCUACCGAUGGGCACUUUGCCCCCGCCCACGAUCGUUCAUAAGGCCAAGGAGAUGACCGUUGCUCCUUCGGCACCCGCGCCUUUCAACCCGAGUGCGGGGAACUUCGUCUGUUUGACGUGUGGGAACGAGCAGCCGUCGUCCAUACAUCGACUCGUAUCGACUACGGCGCAGGCGGACAACGAGUCGUACUUCGGCUUCCUCCGGCGACUGAAACCCCCACCCGGAGCGCCCCCAAUGAACGCUAAAGGUCAAGUCGUCAUUUGUUCUCCUUGUUACAAGAACUUGCAGCGUCAGCACCGGGUUUUCGAAAUAUCAAAAGUUCCCGAACACAAGAGAAACUACAAAGUGAUGAUCAACAGCGAACAGCUCGAAGCUCAAGCGUGUCCACCGUCGUCGUCAUCGCCGUCACCGUCGUUGGGCCAAUCGGCACCGUCGUCCCACCAUUCGCUGCCGGCAGCGACGAACCUCAAAACACAGGCGGCGGCUACUGCUCCCACUGUCCCCUCCAGCACACAGGCGGUCAAGACGACGAGUGCAACAACGACCCUGAAGUUGGCCACGACCAACCCCAUUUCUCGCUCGUCGAACGGUCCAAAGUACGUCGGCUGUUACAUUUGUGAGAAGAUUGGACCCAUCGACAUGCUCGUUCCCGUCGAUACUGCGCUCAAUCGAGAAGGCCGAGCCUUCUUCCCGGUUAUCGAAGAUCUACCCCGACCGAUCGCCGCUAUGCCGAUGGACUCCGCGGGAAAAGUUCUCUUGUGCAACGAUUGUCGGAACAACCUGAUGUUGCAGUGGUCGACGUUCGAAACGACGGGAAUCCCGUACAAACACCGAGUGUACCAAGUCAACACUACUCCAUCACCGACCGGCGGGACUUCUGUUUUCCAAGCGAUGAAAACAGGCCCGUCGAGGCUUCCGGUGAUCUCUCAGGCGAGCUCGGCUCGCUCGAGCAACGAAAACGCUGCGCUCCGAGUGCAGGUGUUGGCGACCGCCGGCGAGGCAGCGGCCAGCGGGCAUCCUUCCGCUUGCCAGACAUUACUGACGACGGUUCCUACGAGCUCGACGUAUUCGACUCCGAGCGUAGCUCAAGCAUCUACGAAAGCAGCCGCGGCGGGCCAGUUCGUCGGCUUGGAUCUCAAGGUUUCGCGACCGAAAGCGGCCGUGAGCCCUGUCAACAUGGCAUCGUCGAACCUUCCUCAGCAUGUGGCAACGCAGCCGAGCGCUUCUGAGCACGACUGCUUUUUUUGUGCGGAGCGUACGUCGACAAUGUAUACCGUAUGCGCGCAUCCAGUCGACGACCAGUCGGCGUUUUUCCCGAUCAUAACGCGAAUUCUCGAUGCUCGCCGAGCGGCGGCACUGUCUCAAGACAUGAUCAUCGAUAAUAAUCAUACGGAGGGAACGGUGGUCACCUGCAGCUUCUGCUACCACUCGCUCAUGGCUCAGUGGUCGGCGUACGAGAUGUCGCCGCAUAUCGAGGAUCGGGACCGAGUGAAUCGGAAGUACAAUACACACGACUACGUGUGCUACAUAUGCGGCAUCAUCACAUACCGGAAGCGUGUUCGUUGCAUUACUGUCAAGGACUUCCCGUUUUUGAUGUCGCAUCCCCGGCACGGAGGCGCGUUGCAGCUGCACCAAUUCGAGAGCGUUGUCACCUGUCUGACUUGCUUCGAAGGCCUAACGGGCCAGUGGCGAGAAUACGAGAGAUUGCGAGUCCCCCUGGAAAUGCGGAAGUACAACUGGAUAGCGGUCCCGCCCCCGCCAGAGCAGGAUGAAGACAGUAAUGGAGCGCCUUGUUCAGGAGAUGGUUUUCCAGUCGCCAGCGCAACCUCCCAUGGGAACGGCUCUGUUAACUCCGGGGGUAAACACAGCAAUCGGUCAUCGAAUCAAACCCAAUCGGGAUCGCAGUUCAGUCCUCUGAAUGGAUUCCUGCCUCAAGGAAACGGUGGUCGUCCGUUAAGCGGAGCGAGAACGUCCAGUUACGCUGCUGCUCUUCGGAAAUUAGCCAAACAAGCCGUCGAUCCCGCGGAUGUCGGCAAGGAACCCCGCUCUCCGGGCAUGCAGGCCAUGUCUCCGUCGCCUUUGCCCAACGGAGCUCUACCCUCAAACGUUCCCGUGCCCUUAACGUCAUCGUCGACGUUAUUGUUGCCAACGUCGGCUGCGGCGUUGGCAAGCUCAACAAUCUUGUCAUCAGUGGCAUCGUCCCCGUCGGGAAUCAUCUCAACCUCCACCUCGACGGCCACCAACAAGCCAAAACAUUGUCCUUCACCUAAUACUGGGACAGAUUCCCGAAAACCGAUUGACCUGACGAGCACAAUAGCCGAGCCGCAAAAGAAACAGCAACCUUCGCCCAGCAGAGGAUUCCAACCUUACAGAGCGGGCUCAUCCUCAAUAAUCUCAAACGGGUCCUCGUCGCAAGCCUCCGAUUCCGUGUCUCCAACAUUGAUUCCCCAUCCCUCACCGUUGGCUCCAUCAUACGACUACAACCAAUAUCUCCUCCAUCAUCACCAGCAAAUGGCCGCCGUUCAAGGCGGUCAUCCUGCGUUCCGACUCGAUGAUCCGAUGCUUUUCGAUCCGCGUUACGCUCCCCAAUUGACUUAUCCAUACAUUCCCGCCGGAGCGUCUCUUCCCGGGACACAACGGAGCGAUGAAUCCAAACGAGGUCCCGCAACGUCUCGGGGUUCUAUAAUUCAGGGAACCCCGCGUUCAGAAGCAUCUACGCCAUCUUCGUCGCUUAGCCUGUCGAAAUCGGUGACUGAGGGUCUUUCGGAAGCUUCCGAUCUGUCCGCGUACGGCCUAGCCGGAAUCCCCGGACCCCACAACGAUCCUCAGUGGUUCGCACAAGCGAGACUCGACAUCGAGAAGCGCAAGGAGUUGCAGUUUCAGCAUGAACUCUACUUGAGGGAACAGCAGGGGGUCGCUCGCGCUCAAAGCCAAACAUCGUCGCGGAAUGCCAGGGCAGCUGCUCAGGAUCCGGGUAAAGUCCCGUCGUCCUCACCACAUCCUCAGCCGGUCGGUGGUCUGCAGCAUCAUCAAAGCUCGAAGUUCAUGCAGGUCACCCCCCAAACGAGUGGAACGAACGGCGCGAAAAUCCCCUCCAUACCUACAAGCUUGGCCGGACAGCCCUUGUCCAUGUCCGGACUUCCUGUUCAGGGUCUCAAUCUCAGUCAUACAUCGGGCGGAGCAUUUACGCAGAUCAUGCCGAACUCCCUCAAUGAGAACAAUAACGUGAUCAAUUUCGGGGAAGAAGGUAUGCACGCGCGAUUAUUGGAGACCCAGAACAAGCACAAAGUAGUCAAACCAACGGUGAUUCAGCAGAACGGCAUUCCACCGUUCUACUCACCGUUCUCAGCUGAUUCGCUCCUGGGGCAUCCAGGUGUCUCGUACGCUAUUCCCGUGCCGUACGCGGGUCCCGGCAGCGCGUCAUACUCGGAAAAUGUUGCUCCCGUGAACGCAGAGAAGGAACAAAUGAUUGUGGAAGCACCAUUGUUCGGACUCGCGCCUAUUCCGGUAGAACGUGACGAGGAGGGUAUCAUGUCAGCGCUCGAUCUACAAGUCAAGGAUAAAGACGCUGUAGGGGGCUUCAUCGAGAGAGACUUCAACGUGUUCAGCGUGACGUGGACGGGACCCAAAGCAAAGCUUGAGUGCGAUGACAAGAAACUCGAGUUCCUUGAAAGCUUCGGAUUGACGACUCACAGAAAAGUGAAACGACUCCAAUGUCAGCAGCUCGUCUGCAAGCGAAAGCAUGAUGAGCCCCUGCUCAUCGAAGAGACGGAGGAAUUAUCCGAGAAGUUUUGGAAGCGUCUCUUAUUGCUCGAUAUCGAACAAAGCGUCCCGGAAGCGCGCGAUUCGACACCGAAGACCUCGAGCUCGAAACCAGAACCGCAUUUACUAAAUGCGCUCGACCUGGCCGCCGCGGUCUCGAACAAGACAGACGUCGAGUUGCGAUGGCGAGCCAUUCUGAAAGAUCGAGCGAGACGGUAUAACAUCAUGCUGCCUGAGCCGAAGAGAAACCUGAGAACGCAGGACAGAGCCAGCGAGGCGUUCGACGAGUCACUCCUGAAAAAGGCACGAUUUGAUCCCAAAAGCUUCGCUCAGGAGUUCCACGAGUCUGUGCUGAAGGAUACUAGGGAAAAACUCGGCUACGUCGAGGAGCUCUCCCCAGAAAAUCCGUUCAGCGGUGUCUCGCUGCCUUCAUUCACGCGUAUCAUCAGUUCGAGGGAUUCUAGCCGAUGCGACGAUACUGGUUCAUGUGAGGCGUCUUCUGUCAAUAGACCGCGACGCGUGCAUCCAGCUUUCCGAGUGGGUUUGGCUGGCGAGCAGAGUGAGCCAAGCCCGUCUCCUGAACCUUCCCAGACACCGUUCCAGUGGCCAGGCGUUGAAAUCAUGAUGGAGGCUUACCACCGAUAUCAUGAGCUCCUCGCUCAGGAACAGCGGUAUCUGCGGGAGAAGUUCGAGAAGCACAAGGAGCAAGGAGUUCGACUGCAGCAGGAGUUCGCAGAGGUCAAAGCGCAUAUGGAGAAACUUGAAGAAGCGAGUCGGACGGAGCAGAAGGAACUCGAGGCCAAGGAGCGCGCCGCGGAGAAACUCCUCUCUCGAAUAAAAUUCCUCCGUCAGCUCGGGAGCAAAGCGUCGACAACACCAACGACGACGACAUCGACAACAGUGGAAACAUCGAUUUGCAACGGACACUGCUAG